AUGGUCCAGACAAGCACAAGUAAGUAUAUCGUGAAAUGUUCGAGGCUCAUGUCUCGCAUCUUAUGCUCACAGUAAUCUAUCAGUCAGACGUAAAUGAUGCUUUGCAAUUCCAUUAAUACAGUAUGGUUGACAGCGUUUCAGGCAAAUGGAGUUUUCUACCCAUCCAUUUUUUCGUAACUUCUAGGAAAAAUAUGUAACACAGAAACGUCAGGAGAACAGACAGACAAUACUAUACCGCACACUAAAACGACUAGCGAAUAAGCAUGAACUUUAAAAAUUAGUAUUGCAAAGAAGGGGUUUAUUGUGUGUACGCAACAUGAUGCCUGAAAAUUCUUGUACUUUCCAGAUAAAACCUUAAGCUUACCUAAAGAAAAGCUUUAGGAUUUCCUUUUAAGUAUAGGAAAAUACUUAUUCAAGCUCGAACGACUAUUAUAUUUUGAGAGAUAAAGAAACGUUUUGUGGCUCGGAAAAAUAAUUAGGUCGUGCUCUCAGGCAGUUUUGUCAUAAUGCCUCCUGUUCAAGGAACUCGCUACUAACGUGAUAAUUUACUUAACGUUUACAGGACCCAGAAGCAACCCUCCGCGAUAUGAGUUGAGAUACGGUACGAUAUUGCCUAACAAGAGCCUUACCUACUGUUUUGUAUGCAAAUUAACAGACUUGCAAACAGGUCGGAAAAGUUUAAAACAUACUGCCUCAAUAUGUAUUUUUUAACUUUGUUAUAAAUUAUUUUGCCUUGAAUGCAAUUGGUUAGCUCAUUGAUUGGGAAGUGAGACGGUUUUUGAGCACCCAAGUGUAUUUUUAGAACGUUAAAGACCAGUUUUACAUUCAUCAUGACUAUUUCUCCCUAAAAGCAUGCACAUGAAUCAUCUGUCGCAGACAGAUGAUUGUUUUUAGGGAAUGUAAAGUUGCGGUGGAUUUUGGUUUUUACCAAAAAACACAAAGUACACUUAAUGCCCGUGUUUGCUAACAAUUUUUGCACCCUCGCAGUCGAAUUUUACCGACAAUGUUCUGUUAAAAUCAUUAUGUCGUUGCCGGUGCUAACAAUACAUGUUCUAGAAAUCAUAUAUGAAGUUCAUAGCUCUCUGCGACCUCAUUCUAUUAUGCUUAGUUAAUUACACGUAGCCAGUUAUAGGUAGCUUUAAAUCCAAGUAUUCUUUUAGGAGAUUUUAUGAUCUAAACUAUGGAAUUACUGAGUACGCCUAAGCUUUAAAAGUUGCGGCGUAUCGUCACUCGUUUAAAUCGUCUUGACUGGGUGUAAUUCAAGUAAUAGACCAUCAUAAUUUAAAGAAAUAACUAUCUACGUGAAAGCCAGUCACCCAGCAUUCAAAGACAAUUUUCCACAUAUUAUUUUUCAAAAAUGCUUCUCAUUCUUCACUUGAAGUUUAAAUUUAUAGAGUGAACGAUAUAACUGUUAAUCUGAGUGGCCGAAAUUAUAGAAUUGUGACGUCUUCUUCUCAGAAUAUCUAGAACAUUUAAAUACCUGAUUGGUUUUCUUAAAAACCUGCCAACUAGGCAAAUCAGUCAUAUUUUUUCCUAACUUGUAGAACGAACCGACCCGCGACGGAGAACUGUUAAACCCUACGCAGGUAACAUUAUGCGCGAACCCAUGCGCGAAUAAAUUACAACUUUUAAACGUUUACGCUUAACAACCUCUUUUAAAUUUUUAAAUAGUCACCGAAUUGGCCUCUGCUCCAUCCUCACAUGGUAGAGUUCAAAGUGUCUACUGUAAAGUCCUAACUUUAGUGUGUGUUAACAUUUUGACAGUUGCCAGUUAUCUUUUUUGACUCCAACUUUUUAAUAUCCAUUUUCAGGUGUCCGACCAAAUCGUCGUACAUCAAGAGAAAAGGGCAAAGGUACUUUUUGGUUCUUUUUGACUAUAUAUCUCAAAAUAUCUCUUCCUUCUUGUGAUGCCCCUUGAUAUUUAGUUUUGAGCGGUCAAGCAUUCGUUUACUUUAAAAUUUUCAGGUUGGCAGAAAAGCAAAGCCGGUUCUCACGACUUCGGAUCAACCUCUGAAGUUUACUGUAAGCGUCUGCGAAGUUUCACACUUUACAAUCUCGAAUAUUAGUUUUCGAACACCAUUUGUGAAAAUCCACUGUAAAAGAUGAUUCCUGCAUAUUAAAUUUUGGUUAUUUGUGAAAAUUUCUUCCAGUUAGUGAGAGAACAGCAGCUAUCCAACAUUGUAAACCCAGAGGUAUGUCCCAUACUGCUGAAUUUGACCUAGUCUUCUCAUCUCAUUGCAUUGACCUUGAAUUUUGCCAUCGAGAUUCUGAUUAUUCGACCAACAGGAUAUAGUUAAGCAGGAGAAAGUACGAAAUCAAAAGCACAAGACUUAUCAUAUUAAAGCCCACAAAGCAGGGUCACUAAGCAUACCUAAUAGAAUGUAAAUAGCAAAACAUAAUAAGUAAGAUCAUUGAGAAUAUCUUGCCCCAAGUGGACUUACAGUUGACUAUGCACACUAAGUAGUUAGAGCUUAUGUUCUUCUCAGUGUUGUUGGACAAAUAAAGCCAAACAUUAAUUUCAGCCGAUAAGUGGUGUGUGUGACUAAGCCCUGUCGCGUUUCCAGUUAGUUUGAUUUUAGUGAUCUUUUGUCGUCUCAUUGCGAGCAAUUGCUUUAAAACUCAUUUUUCAGCCCGUUCAACUGGACGUGAAAUGAGUCGUGAAAGAGCCCGAAACUGCUCGCAAGCAGACCCUUGCAAUUUCGGCAAAGGUAACUGUCAUCUUGAAUUUCUAGAAUUAUCGGUUUUUAAUUUGUUGCGAUAAUUCGUAAAUAGGUCGAAAAUUCUCUUUUUAAAUAUGGAAUCACUCACAAUGUAGAGCGUCUGAGAAAUAAAUGUGCUAAAAAAUAGAUGCGCGACAAUGUAAUUUACAGCUUCUACCAAACAAGAUCCACGGGUCUUCCCUUGGAACGACAUUCUACGAAAAUCGUGGAAAUAACCUCGCUUCUAUGCUAUCUGGCGUUUGUCGAUCUUAGUAAUGUUUAACAUUUGGCAUAACCGCAUUAUCGGCCGUGUUUCAACAGGAAUAUCAAAGCUACAUUAAAUACGUUGCUGCAGCGCAAAUGUCAUGUUUCACUUACCUUCUUAUAUUAACAUUUUCACAUUAUUUUAGGUCGGUCUUAAAAUCACUAGAGAUGUGUUCCACAUUCCGCUUUAUACAUAGAGUGUGGAUAUUUGAAAGAGCUUAUGACACGAGGGAAUAUAUUUUCAAAGCAAAAAACGGCCUACUUUUUCAUGUUAGUAGCAACAUCUGUGCCGGGCCUUUACAAGGCCUUCAAAAUAUUUGAAGUUUCAUGUUAUGUCGCAUCUUUUUUAAUUUCUAAGAGGCAUUCAGAAUAAAACUUUCCUUUUCGCUUUAACCAGAAUCACAAUCUCAAUGCAAAAGUAAAUUUAAAUUCCCCUAUAGUCACAUGUGGAUCUUAAAUGAGGGACUUUUUUUAGCUACAUUUAAAUGUUGGCGAGCGGACAUAGACAACUGAACAUCAGCUAAAAAACGUGUACUCUAUUUUAGCGAGCAAUCCGAAGAGAAGAUCGUCCGUUGAAGCCAUAACCAAAGCAGUGAAAUCACAGUCUACGAGUGGUGAGUAGCUUUUGGGAUAUGAUUAACCUACAGAAUUGUGACAUCAGUCUCAUUUGCGUUGAGCUUCGGAAUAAUCAUCAAAACUUGUGCAGUGUCUUUGAAAAUAUAUUCUGCUGAUUUAUUGGCAGAAAAAGUUUGCAAUUUAGGUGGGCUUUAGUGUGCACAUUAACAGCAGUUCGGGCAGGGUGCGACUGAAGAAAUUUACGGAACAUAAUAAAAAAUAAACAUACUGAAUACCAACUUAUGUACCUUAAAUGCACUGACUGAUUACUUCAAAGGCAAAUGUGAAAAAAAUCAUAGAUAUAAGUACCAAAUCUACUUCGCACCUCAUCCCGCUCCCUGUUCGUUGAUAUAAGUCGGUUGUAUAUGCCAGUAAAGCAUUUUCUUUGAAAACACCUUCUUUUAUCAACGCCUUGAUGAUGGUUGGCUUACGCGCCGAGACUAACAGAAUUCAGCUAAGCAGCUUUAAAUUCCCAGUGGAAAGAAGACUUCUCCACUCAAAUAUAAUGUAAUCUUUUUGUGACUUUAUAGGUGUCCGACACUCCGGCUGUAGCCAGAUGGCCGGUCCACCGGUUCAAAAGCGCGUGUUUACCUGCCCUCCGCUACCGCGUGAGUUGAAGCCUACUGCAUAUUAAAAAGCCCGAGUAGAAAACUCAGUUAGGUGACGAGUAUAGUUUAGAGUGUCUUGAAAUAACGCAUGCAAGUGAUUUUUGAGCAUCUUUUACUGUGAUAUUGUCUGCCAACUUUUAAAGCAUCCUGCUUACCCAACAGCCCCUUUUAUUUGACUUUUGACCCAUUCUAUUCACUUGCGGUAACGAUGUCCUUUCUUUGAAUAUGACCCCUGGAUUUCCUAUCUUGUGUGGGACUCCGUGGCACAAAAGGUGGACUGUUGUUCUGUUCAUUUGAGUUACCGAGUUUGAACUUCCGAAUUGUCACUUUCCCGCUGAAGUUCCAAAGGAUAAAAAUGAAAAUUAUUAUUGAUUUGUGGUUAUAAGUGAAUGUCGUUGCAGUGAAGUAAGUUGCUGUGCGUUUCUUGAGUAUUUCGACCACGGUAGACAAUGAGGUCCACUAUUGUUUGGUGGUCUAGACCUUAAGUGAGAAGCUUAGAGACCAUGCAAACGGGUGUCAUACAGGCUAUAUGAAGAACAGGAAAUUGCAAAUUCACUAUCAGUCCAGAGGAAGAGGAGUGUCAAACACUUACUGAACCUAAGCUGACCGUAGUCAGCCUUUAGCGUUGAAUCGCAGAUCUUUCAUGUAGCGGUUGUCUGCACGAAUAGCACACCUAAAAUGCGCUAUCAAAGCCUAAUUCUAGUUUCAUAACAGAAUCGAGCCAUCACUUCAACUGGGAUUACUAUACUAAGGGUGGUGACAACUUUCCGUAGCUGUAAAUUUCGCUUUUAUGCAAAACACUUAAAAUUGCUCAUCCUUUUGCAUGAAUACUAUGAAUCAGCAAUGCCCAGAUGCAUAUACAGUUGUAAAAUAAGCAGUGCCUGAGUGGAAAUGGGUACUACAACCUUUCCGUCAUUUGUUGUCCAAAAGUAGGAAUGCGAUUAAUCCUAGUGUUCAAUAAGUAGUACACUGUGAGCUGGUAGACAAUCUGCGCCUAUUUUUCGCUCUGAUUGACUGUUGUUGUAACACGUCGAUUCUAUGCUUCACAGCGGUCCAGUGCGUCACUGAGGAGGAUGCCUUCUACGGAUGGACCAAAGUUGGUAUGUAUACUAAUAUAAAUGCAGUGUUCAGCAUAUUCACCAGAAUACUCAUGUUUUCAAGCUUACAUCUGAUGUUUGCUUAACUAUACAGCCAACGACAGAAGUCUAAUCAAAGUCCAGACAGACGUUCGUGAAGGUCCAAAGGCUGGUAAGCGCAUAAAAAUCAUUGCAUUUAUAAAUCCAUUGGAUUUCCUCUGAGACAUGGAACGAUUAUAAUUGCUUCUGUUUUAUAGGAAAGUACGUUCCUAAGCUAAGGACUGAUGCUGUGGGAAAGGAGUUCCCUUAUGGUAAGUAUUAUUCCAUUUAUGCCAAUCUUAUAAAAUAUGGUCGGAGAUAAUCCACAAUGUCGCCUUUAAUUAUUCUUGGAAUCAGCAUGACUGUCUGAUUUCGAAUUGGCUGACUAGUCGAAAUGGUUUAUUUAGUCGGUAAAUUUUGCACUCGCGUUUGAGUACUCAGUCUGCUUCUGUUGGAGAGUAAUGUAAAAUAUUGGCAGUAAUGUUGAACGCAAAUCUGUACAUCUCUAGCACUUAAACAGAUCAGCACGUCUGCAUACAUUUUAUCAUAAGCUUUAGCAUCACGAUUGUUAGUCGAUAGAAACGAACAGGCAAAUUCCAAGAAACAGUUCAGAAGAAGAUGCGAUCAGUGAACAUGAAGUUUAUUGGCCUGACGUUCCGAAUUCUCACUCGAACCCAUCAUCGAAAACAGUCGCAGAUAAAGGUGGGAUGUUGGAUGAUUGCGCAAUGAUUGCUCGGCCAGUUGGCUCCCUAUCUCCGGAAUUGGUACUCUCCCGCCCUCCCCCACAUGACUGAUUUUCCUGCCUAAGACAAGUCUAAGCACAGAAUACGGUAAUGGGAGGUCAAUGCGAUUGUAUUUACAUUAGCGUUGGCAGGAAUAAUUAUGUUCCAUUAUGUAAGAAACUCCUGCUAACGUACGGCACAUAAAGGACCUGGACAUCAAAUGAACGGUAAACUUUUUUCGUAUACGUAUUUAUUUUCCGUUAGUUUGGGUAAAAAAAUCAUGUGUUAUGCAAUGUCCCAUGGGUGUCUUAUCGGCUAGCUUGUAUUACCUUUUACGAAAUACAGCACCCUUUUUCUGAAGCGCGCCUCGAAUUCUCUCAAUUGUAGUGGACACAAAACCGUUCGAAUGUUUAAAAAGGAAGAUGGAUAUGCUGGUAAAGACAGGUAAAUACCAAUCCUUUGGUAUAUUUGCAAUUAGUCAGAAAACUUGAAUUGCUUUCUGUGCAGGGGUUACUGAUUUCGUCUUUUUCAAUAAAAGUGAAACCGUCGAACAUUAUAAUUAAAUCUCACAUCAGUAUUACAACUUGUGAUAUACUUAGCGAGAAACCUGUGUUUUAACCAUGAAAAUCUUAUAUGUUUUAGGAGAUUUCCACGAACGGGCAGACCAGGUAUGUAGUGUUUAUUUAUUUUUCAACAUCCCAACCAUAUAUUUCAUUUUGCCAAACCGUCCGUUUAAGGUGACUGUAACCAAUUGCACAAUCUUCGCUGGCACCACGUGGGAAAAUUGCUCCUUUAAUUCUACACCUUGGCUAAUAAGUUGGACAACUGAUAUAAGGAAAUACAACUAGCAGUUAACUUUGUAUUGGACUGAUUAAAUUGCGUGGAAUUAAAGUUGCAGGAACCAACUACUGCUGAUAAGAAAGCUGAAUACCAGCAGGUGUUUGGUCUCAAUGGCCUACCUUUACGAAGAAAUAUAGCCUUUAGUUCAAAAAGUCAAUUAUUCUCAUAUCCGAAUGACAUGACGUCCUGAUGCUGAUUUUGAACUCGUUAAUUAUGCCCCGUCUAUUGUAGUUCAGAAAGUGGACCUUGACCUAUUUUACGAUAGUUGUCAUUAAGUGAAUCUGCCAACUCUGUGUUUGGUUCUCUUACAAAAACCUCCGCUGACCCGAUACACCACUCCUGAAGAGUUGCAUCACCCACUCCCAGUCACUUAUGAAAUUAUGUCGUUCUCUGUCGGUCGUUAAUUUAUCUGCACACUAUGAUGUACUUGAGGGGAUACGUGAUGUGUGCUGGGAAAAUAUUUGCGUUCGUCUUAUUCGUAUCCUCUUCCUUCGCCUGGCAGUAAAGGCAGCACCGAAAGUUCCCAUCAUAUCCAGACCAAGUGAUUCAGUUUUAUACGCCUGUUCACAUAGUCUUUGUCAUUUAAGUGGCGUCGACAUUCAAGCAACGGGAUCAUCUGUUAAAGACCUCGCGUAAAUUUUUGUAUCCCUUUUUUAAAUUUUAGAGUGCACCGACGACAAAUGGUAAUCCGUUGUAAUUUUUACAUCCUUUAUUGUAACAAAGACACUCGUGCCCACCUUACGAUGUACAACCAGAAUAAGGGAGUUUAAAUUAUAUGCUCUUUUAUGAAAAUUUGGCCUGGCCAACCCGGAUACUAUGGCUUUAUUUCAAUAUGUUUUUGGGCCUUUUCUAUAUAUUUUAUGAGUCACUUAGAACAGGACUGUAGUUUUAAAAGUGCAUGAUUUGUAUUUAUUAAACAAUUCAGUAUUUUUGAGUACAAGCGAGUUAAGACUACAAACUCAGAGCUACAAGUACAUAAUAUGCUGAUGAAUUACAUUUGAGGCUGAUCUGGAGAAAACAUAUGUAAUUAGUUAUUCUACAUAGUAUUGCGGACGAGAAGAUCAAAGAAGGUCUCUGUAAGAAAAAACGUUUGUUUAAGAUUAGUAUAAUGAUUUUUGCGUUAGUUUAUCCUGCUACCGUCAAUCCAAGGGCCAACUGAAAUAGAUGAAAAUAGUUUAUGCAUUCUUGGUAAUUUCCAAGUGCAAAGGAUUUCGACUUAGGAAAUCUCAAUCUUUUGACCCAAAUGCGAAAGACUUACUUGGUUUUUCAAACAAGGCUUCUCUUAAAGACAAUCUGCAUACUAAAUCGCCCUGUUGUUGCAGAAUAUCUAACCGACGAUACAGCCCCUUGGCCCAUCCACGGCGACUUCCGUCCAGCACCUGGGUCCCCACUCGAUAACUCCGUAAAUGAAAUACGAAUUGAAUUCAAAGACAAUGACGUCUAUCAGGGUAACAACCUCCCAGGCCGCGUCUUUCUCAAUCUUAAACAGCCUACUAGGCUCGACCAGGUCGUGGUUGACCUUAAUCGCACGAUGGUAGCGGUGGAUAGGGACGGAACAGUGAAGCCGGCAAGUUUUGUUGCUAUGCGUUUUUCCCUUCAUUUUGCACCACCUCGACAUCAUUGACGUAAGACUGUGCUUUUCCGGUGCAAACUUUAGUGCAUAAUAUGCUUUUAAAAAUGCAUCAAGGUCAAGUGCGUCCACAUACAACGACUCCACCAAAGCUGUUUUGCGGACAUUGGAUCGUGUGCGACUGACUGCGUUGAGUGGAGAGUUGAGUAGACAAAUAGAUUCUCGUGUUGCUUUAGCGCAACGAUGGACUAGAGUGUACUGCUCGGCAGUUAAUGUCAUUUUGAAUACAGCAUAUCGGCCAAGAAUCUGUCAACUCAAAAUUAAUGGGCGAAGUCAUUGAAGUAGAAAGUUCAUUGACGACGUUAUAAUUAAAUGAUGCCGUUAAAGGCAUCUCGUUUGACCCUCAAUUUAAGUAGAGCUUUCCUACCUGCACAAAGGUCGCCUUAGAUUGGUUGGAUAUGAGUCAGAGAGCAAUAAAGGCUAACCAGAUAAUAAUCCCUAAUUCCACUCGUCUGUCUAACGGGCCGGAAUAUUUUAGAGGCACACAAUUCUCUCGUAAAUAAACUUUCCAAAUCAAUAAAAGACCUUUAUCCAACCCGGUUUUAUAAGGAAUAUCCAGAUCCGUAUAAUUGCCUUCUAAUUUGAAAAUCUGAAGUAGCUAUGCAAACGAUUUUAAGCAUCGUCUUCUCUUUGUCGGGAUCACGCAAGAUAUUCGUCACGUUUAAGUAAGGGCAUCCAAUGACAGAGUUUGCUGUCGAUGUCCGUUCCCAGAUCUCUUCUCUUCCUUGACUCGUGGACUUCGUAUACAUUUUGCCACCUUAAUGUUCUCCGUUAAGCUGGUAAGAGGAAGUCUUAUCAAAUGGCCUAGGCAUAUUCAUUUUAAACCCUUAUUUCAGUAGCUUCAGAACAACAUAUGCCCCGAUAAUCAGGUACUCAUGCAGUUGCAUAUUUUAUUUUUCUAUAGAAUAGCAGAAAAUUUAAAUCCUGCGGAGAUCUCUUAGAAUCCAGGGAAUCCAGAACAAACGUUUAUGCCUGCGCUUUUGAUUGGCACAUACAUAUUUCGAGAGUCUGAUUUAAGAAAAAUUGGUUAAUUGUGUUUGGUCUAUUUUCUUUCUGUCCUGGUGCUAUUACUUCUUGCUGAGACCUUUUCGUUAACAUUAUAGGGGAAUGGAUAUGGAUCAAAGAACGCGGUGAUCUUACCAGUGAAAGUAAUUGACAAAAAUAAGCCUCAGGGCUCACAGCCGCAACCCACAGUUUUCACAGCCGUGCCAGAUAGGGAUACUCGUAAAGUGACACUUCCAGCUGGAACAAACGCUAUUCCAUUCGAAGUUAAAGUGCCUGCCAAUGCUAUCCCAAGUUUUGCUUACGUGUCACCAACGAACGGCGCAAGUGUGGUCAAUAAGUAAGUUGUAGUUAAGUUAAUCGUUGUCGAAAAGAUUUAAAAUGUCAGUCAUGGGCUCAGAAGUAGCCUGUGUGAGAAACCAAAAAGUCCCAUGCAUCAACAGAGUUGAGUGUUUAACCGUUGAUUAAACUGUGAGAGAUAUUUUACACGAAUUUUGACGUUGAAAAAAGUACUGUAAUGUGGCAGUGCUUUCCUGUGUGUGUUUGCUGUUCUCCAAGACGUUUAUGCCCCUCAUGGGCCACUUGAGGAUAUUUGCAUAGUCAACAGUUAUUUUACCUCCGGUCGGUGCGUUGCACGAUCUUUUCACAGGUAUAUACCAAAUAGUACUCCUACGUCUUUCAUAUCACAUGAUACCUGUAAAUAGUAGUUUUAACAUGUGAGAAAUGUUCAAAUCACAUUGAUUUUAAUCAUGAGGGCGACAGUCAAUGUUAAAUUGAUUUCGAUACUGAUGUCUUUUGGAAAUUAGACGCAAUCUAUGCAAACAUCGGGUUCAUUUCCUUCCAAAAGCAAGCAAGCAGAGGCUUAAGUAUAUUCACGCAUGGCCGUACGGUUCAAAAAAGGUUUCUAUAAGAUUGUUGAGGUACUUCGUGAGCCGACAUAUGAGGGAGCUUCUCCAGCUGGUAUUUUCCGUCACCGCAGAUCACGUGAUCAUUUAUCGGGAAGGAGAUGUACACCUAUCGGUUAACAUCUCGUGACAAAAAGGGAUAUGAUUUGGCGGGAGAAUACAGAUUAAGUCCAUUUAACUCGCAUUUUCGCCAAUGGGCAUUUAUCUGCCAGGUAAUGACCUGAUUUACCAUGUCAGAAUAUAAUUUCGAUUUCGCUUGCACUCCUUUUAGCUAUUCAGCCGAAGCUGAGGUGAAACUUGGUGGCAAGACUGCUCGAACUGACAGAGUCUCUAUGAACGUCAAGGGCUAUGGUGACACGCAGGGUGGCCUUGGUCUUAAGGAUGGAGGCAACGAAAUGGCGGUGAGUCGUAUUUUAAGCAGCGGUUUUCAUGAAAACGCCUGGAGGUUGUCAUGAGAAGUUGUCAUUUAUACACAUGAUUGGAUUUUAUCUGUCUGAAAAUGUUCAUACGCAUAAGACGGCAGAUGAAACGGACACCUGACACCAAGAAACUAAAAGAAGUUAUUCAGAGUAUUUUUAAAAUUCUUGACAGUUUAAACCUCCUGGAGCCAAAAUGCAUAAAAACAUGUUAAAAGUCAAAAGGAUAAGAGCAAUUAGCAUGAAAAGUACUACAAACGCUUCUAAUGAAUCCUGGUCAAAAUCCAUGCAAAAAUUAAGUCCAGUUAAUUUUAUGUAGUUUCGCAUUCUAAUUAAAGUAUAUAUCUGAAUGAUUCUAAGCUCAUCCAAAUAAAAUCUAUUUUUGAGGGAAGUUUAUUUUCGACAUUAAAACGAAGUGUUUAUGUUUUCCAGAAUGUAAUUUGAUCUAUGCCAUGCUCUCGAUAUGUGCUUAAAUCGGUAUCAUCAUUAUAAUAGCAUACGAAAUCGUGACCGGUGUCCAGGUUUUAACAGUUGUAUUAAAAAAGACAGUUAAACACUGUCCGUUUGAUCAAUUCCCACAUUUUUUUCUUAUCUCAGGUGGCUAAAAAGUAUAUCAAGAAGGGCAGUGGAAUCGACUACGGUCUUGGGCAGUUGAAAGAUGGAACCUCCCCGAAAUACGAUGAUCUCAACGCUGUCAUUUUACAAAGGGUCAGAUGCCCUGAUGCAGGUAUCAAUGAUGAAAGACAACUAACGCCGAACUUGAAGCCUUCCCGUUCUUCAAAAUCCUCCUCUUCUGUUAUAAAUAACUACAACGAGGACCCAAUGAACACUGCUAAACUACCCAAUAAGGAUUUCUCGCAGGUAUUUGAGCAGGAAAAUGCAGCAAUCAAGUCUGACAUGCCCUCUGUUUCAAUGCCCGGCUUCGACUGCGACUACUUCCUCAGGGUAAGAUUACCAAACCCAGUGCCUUUUGGAUCCACAUAGAUGGUUAUGGACGCUUUUUUAAUAUAUCUGAUGAAAUACCCUCAUCUGAAAGUUUUUUCAGUCAUAAAAUGAUCUCAUGGCAGACUAGGGGUAUUUAUGUAGUAUCUAACAGCAUCUUCAUCUUCUUACAGCUGAAAGGUGAUAAUGAAACCUACGAAGCACCAUUCGCGAUUGUGGAUGAUCUUAAGCAAGGGUUCAAACCUAGCCACGUCUCGCCGGCCACAGUGGCAGCUACGUCCUUCCGAAAAUUAUGA